CCUCCCCAUCUCUCUCUCUCCCCUCCUUCUCCACCCUGUCACCCCCCUCCAGGCCAGGAGUGUUUCAACUCUCGCUCCCUGGCCCUCCAGGCACAGAAGAAGAUCCUAUCCAAGAUGGCGACCAUGGCGGUGGCCAACCUCCUGACGGACGACGUCAGCAGUGAGAUCCUGGACGAGCUGUACAAGGCCAGCCGGGAGUUCACCAAGAGUAAGAAGGAGGCCCACAAGAUUGUCAAAGACGUCAUCAAGAUCGCCCUGAAGAUCGGCAUCCUGUACCGCAACCACCAGUUCAGCCCAGACGAACUGGACACGGUCGAACGCUUCAAGAAGAAGAUGAACCAGGCGGCCAUGACGGCGGUCAGUUUCUACGAGGUGGACUACACGUUCGACCAUCGCAUUCUGUCAGAGUUGCUGCUGGAAUGCCGGGAUCUUCUGCAUGCGCUGGUGGAGCAGCACCUGACCCUGCGGUCGCACACUCGCAUCGACCACGUGUUCAACCACUUUGCCCACGGGGAGUUCCUGGCCGAGCUGUACGGAGACGGAGAGGAGUACAGACUGUACCUGAGGAAGAUCUGCAACGGGAUCAACAAACUGCUGGACGAGGGAACGCUUUAACCUCUGACCCCUGAUCUCUCACCUCUCACCUUUGACCUGACAUUUGACCCUGCUCCUCCCUUCCUAUUACUCAAUCUCCAUGGUUGCGGCUCAAUAAUCCCCCCAUUCCCAUGAAGUGUGCACUUGUUCACUUCCCUUCAUGGAUUUGAAAGGAAGUGAUUGGUAUAUGGAACCUCCUUGUAGCCCAUGCCUACAAUAAUCCAAUAUUUUUACAUUUGUGAGGAGUAGAAAAUGAGUGCACACUUCAGGAAGAAGGAGAGAUUAUUGGGACACACUCCUCCUCUUCCUCCGGUCUCUCUACGCAUCUGCUUUCCCUCCUCCUCUCAUUCCUUCUCUUUUUUUAAAAUCCGCUCCUGAUCUGCUCUGUUCUACCUUUAACCUUAUUUUUCCUCCUCCCACUUCCUCCUCUCUUUUCUCUCUUCCUCUCCCACUACCUCCUCUCUUUUCUCUCCUCCUCUCCCACAUCCUCCUCUCUUUUCUCUCUUCCUCUCCCACAUCCUCCUCUCUUUUCUCUCCUCCUGUUCUCCAACUUCCUCCUCUCUUUUCUCUCCUGCCCUGAUCUCUCUUUUAUUCUACUGAGCUUCCUGGACUCCUUGUUUCUCUCCUUAUUCUCCUGCUCCUCUUCUGUACUCUCCUUGUUUCUCUCCUUAUUCUCCAGCUCCUCUACUUUCCUCUCCUUGUUUCUCUCCUUA